CUCAUUCAAAGCUAACAAAAUGGUAUUCGCCCUUUCAAUUUUUCCCUCCCAUUUUCCAACUACAAAAACCGCCAUUCCCAAAUUCCCAGCAAAUCCGAAAACCUUCAUUCUUGAAAAAUGCAAAACAACCAAAGACCUCAACCAAGUCCACGCCAGCCUCAUCAAAACCCGCCUCCUCCACCACCCGGCGGCGGCGGAGCCCCUCCUCGAGGCGGCGGCCCUCCUCCUCCCCGACUCCACCAUCGACUACGCUUUCUCGAUCUUCCGCAAACUCGAACACCCCGACGCCUCAGCUUACAAUAUCAUGAUAAGGGGCUUCACUAAAGAGCAAGCUCCUCAAAAAUCCAUUCUUUUAUUCAGGCAAAUGAUAGAACAGUUGGUGCGCCCGGAUCCGUUCACUUACUCCGGCAUUCUGAAGGCGAUUUCGAAGCUCGGGGCUUUGAAGGAAGGCGAGCAGAUCCAUGCCCACGUUUUGAAAUCAAUGGAGAAGUUUGACCGUUCGGAAUUUGUUGAGAAUUCAUUGGUUUACAUGUAUGCGAGCUGCGGUCAGCUUCAAUCAGCUCGGAAGGUGUUCGAUGAAAUGUCGGAGAGAAGCCCCGUCGCGUGGAGCUCGAUGUUUUCCGGUUAUGUUCGGUGUGGGACUUGGUUAGAAGUUGUGGGAUUGUUUAGAAAAAUGAGAGGAAUGGGUAUUUAUUUCAAUGAAACGACUUUGAUUAGUGUAUUGAAAGCUUGUGGUAGGCUUGGUGAUUUGGAGUUGGGAGAGUGGAUUCAUGAGCAUGCUGUUGCUAAUGGGCUCAUGAAAAAUGAUAACUUGAUCACUUCUCUUGUUGAUAUGUAUGCAAAGUGUGGUCGUUUGGAAACGGCGAGGCGCUUGUUCGAUAGCAUGUCUAGUAAAGAUGUCGUUGCUUGGAGCGCCAUGAUCUCCGGCUAUAGUCACUCGGACCAACAAAUGGAGGCUCUGGCCCUAUUCCACGAGAUGCAGAGAGCGAAUGUGAAACCGAAUGAGGUGACAAUGAUCAGUGUGCUUUCUUGUUGUGGGGUUCUUGGAGCUCUGGAAAUUGGAAAAUGGGUGCAUUCUUACACAAAGAGGAAGAAUUUAAAACUCACUGUCAAUCUCUCAACUGCUCUAGUUGAUUUCUACGCGAAAUGUGGUUGUGUGGAUAUAGCCCUCGAGGUGUUCCACUCAGCGCCUUCUAAAAGCGUGUGGACGUGGACAGCGUUGAUCCAAGGCCUUGCUAGUAACGGGAGGGGUGAGACGGCUCUCGAAUACUUCAACCUGAUGGUUGAGGAGAAUGUCGAGCCAAAUGAGGUGACAUUCAUCGGCGUGCUCAGUGCUUGCAACCACGCGGGCUUGGUUGACCAAGGGCACACCUACUUGGCUAGGAUGAACCGAGACUUUGGGAUCGAGCCAAGAGUCGAGCAUUAUGGUUGCAUGGUGGAUAUGCUCGGCCGGGCAGGGCUAAUCGAGGACGCGCACGACCUCAUCACGAAGAUGCCUUUCAAGCCGAACGCAGUGAUAUGGAGAACUCUGCUCGCGUCGUGCAGGCUGCACGGGAGGCCUGAGAUUGCAGAGGAGGCGCUGAAGCAGGUCGCAAGGCUGGAGCCCACGCACAGCGGGGACUACAUACUCCUUGCAGAUGCGUACGCGUCUGUAGGGAGGCUGGGGGACGCUGCGAAGGUGAGGGACGAGAUGAAGAAGAUGGGAGUCGAGAAGAAGAGCCCCGGGUGCAGCUACAUCGAGGUUGGUGGCAUGGUGCACGAGUUUCUGGCGGAGGACAAGGCGCACCCAGAGGUGUACGAGGCGGUGCACGAGGUGAUGGAGAGGAUCAAGAGGGGAGGGUACGAGCCGGAUUCUACUCAGGGGAGGGCGGAGGCGGAGGGAGAGGGUGAUAAGGAGGCCUCUGUUGCUCAUCAUAGUGAGAAGUUGGCUAUGGCGUAUGGGAUUAUAAGGACAGGUGAGGGAACUACUGUUAGGGUGUACAAGAAUCUUAGGAUGUGUAGUGACUGUCACAAUGCUGCCAAGGUUAUCUCUAGUGUUUAUAGGAGAGAGAUUGUUGUUAGAGAUAGAAGUCGUUUCCAUCACUUCAAAGAUGGAUCUUGUUCUUGUCAUGAUUUUUGGUGAUGUAUGAAAGUUUUGAUGCAAUUUGCUUUGUA